AUGAAGUUCUUCUCUGGUCUUGUUGCUGUAAUUGCUGCUAUCGCUUUGAUCUCUGUGAGCGCCCAAUUAGGGUCUUCCAGUCACCCCAGCGAUCUUAUCAGCGUCCCAGUCACGGAAAUUAAGAGUGGCCUUGGUUACGUCGCGGGUAUUCGCUCCACUAAGAAUGGCGUCAACUUUUGCGCGGGCGUUGUUAUCGGACCAUGGCACGUCCUGACUAGGACGAGCUGCAUUCGUAACAACAUUCGCUGGGUCUCUCUCGGCUCCGACUCUUACACGGGUGACAAGGAUGGCGAGCAGAUUAAGGUUGUGGCAUUCCUGGUGCACCCAAACAAUACAGACUACCGGAAUGACUUCCUCAUUCUCGAGCUAGAAUUGAAGACGACCAUUAAGCCUAUUAAGUUGGACCAGGCCAAGUCGAUCGUCACGCCCGGCAUGAUAGCUGCUCGCCUUGGCUGGAACGACACCACCGCGGAAGCCGUGCAGUCGCGCUACCUUCAUAGCGUUGAGGUGCAGCUGGUUAGUAACGACGAGUGCUCGAAGGAAUUGGCGGUGGAUGAGACUAACUUGUGCUCUCGAGGCAUCUCAGCUACCAAGUCGUGCACAGGUGACAAAGGUGGCGCACUUAUUGUAAAGCAGAAAAAAAAUGACGUGUUGGUGGGUAUAGUAAGUGGAAACAAAGGCUGCGGUGUGAUUGGCGGCAUGAGCGUCUACGCUCGUGUCUCUGCGGUUCGUCCCUGGAUUGAUUCGAUUCUCAAGACCUAUUGCGUCUACACUUAG